CCUAAACAUCUGACACCCAUAUCUUCCUCUCUCUUCAUUUUCCCUCUUUCUCUAGAACUCUGUUUGGAAUAUGCAUUGUGUUCCCCGAAGCAAUUCGACAUUAAUCCUUUCAGAUUUUCAAAAUUUGUUCUUAUACUGGGUGGAUUUUUUAAUUAUUUUUUUGUAUUGAUCACUAGUUUUUCUGAUUCAAUUAGAGGGCAAUGCAAAAUUGGGUUGGUUGAUUGAUUGAUUGAUUAAUUGAUCUUUGAGAUUUGAAUGAGGAUCAGUUGAUUUCUUACUCGGUGAAGCAGUAUAUUGAUCAUUUGGUCAUCUCAAUCUUGAAAAUUGUGGGAAUUUGAUGAUAGGCCAAAACAGAUUACAUUGGCAUCUAUGAAGACUAUGCGGAUGGUUGAGACGAAUACGCUUCGGCGGCUUCCUAAGCAUUGCUUCAGAUGGAAUGGCAGAUCAUGAGCGUGAUAUCGAGCAGGCACUCAUUGCUUUGAAGAAGGGUACCCAGUUAAUCAAGUAUAGCCGGAAGGGGAAGCCUAAGUUUUGUCCAUUCAGAGUUUCUCCGGAUGAAACAACACUGAUCUGGUACUCCCAUGGAGAAGAAAGGAACCUGAAGUUGUCUUCUGUUUCACGGAUCAUCCCUGGACAGAGAACCGCUGUUUUUAGAAGAUAUUUGCGCCCUGAGAAAGAGUACUUGUCAUUUUCACUUCUAUAUAAUAACGGUGAAAGAUCUCUUGAUCUGAUUUGCAAGGACAAAGUUGAGGCAGAGGUGUGGCUUGCAGGCCUAAGGGCUUUAAUCUCUGCUGGCAGAAAUAAUAGACGUAGUCGGAGUGAAAUUUCUGAUUUAAAUGAUGCUGCUAGUGAUUUCAGUCAAAGUAGUCGUCGAUUUGGUACAACAAUAGAGUUCACUUCAAGCAUUACCCGUGGUAGGGCUUCUGUUGAUUCUUAUUCCAGUGAAUCUUCUUUGAGUUUGCCAGGCUCAGAUGUGGGGUCUGGACGUGCAAAUAUGCAAGGAAGAACAAGUGUUGGAGAUGGUUUCCGGAUUAGUGUUUCAAGCACUCCAAGUUGUUCAAGUCAUGGUUCUGGACCAGAUGACAUAGAAUCAUUGGGUGAUGUUUAUGUCUGGGGGGAAAUUUGGUGUGAUGUGGUUUCAACUGAUGGAUCUGGGGGUUCAUUUCCUAUAAAAACUGAUGUGCUGAUUCCUAAACCCUUAGAGUCAAAUGUAGUUCUUGAUGUUCAGCAGAUUGCUUGUGGUUUUCGACAUGUUGCUCUUGUUACUAGGCAAGGUGAAGUUUUCACCUGGGGAGAGGAAUCUGGGGGUAGACUUGGUCAUGGAAUUGAAAAAGACUUUAGUCGUCCACAUCUUAUUGAAUUUCUGGCAGUUACUAAUGUAGAUUUUGUUGCAUGUGGUGAGUAUCAUACAUGUGCUGUAUCAACAUCUGGUGACUUGUAUACCUGGGGCGAUGGUACCCAUAAUGCUGGACUUCUUGGUCAUGGCACUGAUGUUAGCCACUGGAUACCAAAAAGAGUCUCUGGUCCUAUAGAAGGACUUCAGGUGUUAUCUAUUGCAUGUGGCACAUGGCAUUCAGCCCUGUCAACUUCUAACGGAAAGCUGUUUACAUUUGGUGACGGAACAUUUGGUGUUUUGGGCCAUGGUGAUCGAGAAAGUGUUUCUUAUCCUAAGGAAGUCCAAUUAUUGAGUGGACUAAAGACCAUCAAGGUUGCAUGUGGAGUGUGGCACACUGCCGCUAUUGUUGAGGUUAUGAAUCAGUUAGGUUCAAAUGUUUCAUCUAGAAAGUUGUUUACCUGGGGUGAUGGUGAUAAAAAUCGAUUGGGUCAUGGAAACAAGGAAACUUAUCUGCUUCCAACUUGCAUCUCUGCACUUAUUGACUACAACUUCCAACAGAUUGCUCUGGGACAUAGUAUUACUGUUGCCCUUACUACUUCUGGUCAUGUCUUCACUAUGGGGAGUGCUGCACAUGGUCAGCUGGGAAAUCCCCAGUCUGAUGGAAAAUUACCGUGCUUAGUACAGGAUAGAUUGGUAGGUGAGUUUGUUGAAGAAAUAUCAUGUGGUGCAUAUCAUGUUGCUGUCCUGACAUCUAGAAGUGAAGUAUUUACUUGGGGAAGAGGUGCUAAUGGAAGAUUGGGACAUGGGGACACCGAAGAUCGUAAGAUUCCUACAUUGGUCGAAGCACUAAAAGAUAGGCAUGUGAAAAAUAUAUCAUGUGGCUCAAAUUACACUGCAAGUAUAUGCAUUCAUAAGUGGGUUUCUGGAGCAGACCAAUCAAUUUGCUCUGGUUGUCGGCAAGCAUUUGGUUUCACUAGAAAGAGGCACAACUGUUAUAACUGUGGACUGGUGCAUUGCCAUGCUUGCAGUUCCAAGAAAGCUUUGAAAGCAGCGCUGGCUCCAACUCCAGGCAAACCACAUCGUGUCUGUGACUCUUGCUAUGCAAAACUAAAAGCUUCUGAGGCUGGUAGUGCUCCUAACUUUAAUAGGAAAGUUACCACACCUCGUCAAUCGAUAGAUGGUAGGGAGAAAUUGGACAAGGUAAUGACAAGGACUUCAAGAGUUUUGCUCUCUCCCUCCACAGAACCAGUCAAGUACCUUGAGGUCAAGUCAGCAAAUCCUGGGACCAAAUCUGAUUCUUAUUCUAUAGUCCGAGCAUCCCAAGUUCCAUCACUUUUACAACUAAAAGAUAUUGCAUUCCCAAGUUCACUAAGUGCUCUUCAAUAUGCUUUCAAGCCUGCUAUGAUAACGCCUCAGCCUCAGCCUGCAGCUUACUCAAGACCUGCUUCACCAUACUCGAGGAGGCCGAGUCCUCCACGGUCAGCCUCUCCAAUAUUUUCUAGGGGUAUCCUUGAUGGUCUUAAGAAGACGAAUGAGCUUCUGAGCCAAGAAGUGAUGAAAUUGCAAAACCAAGUUAGGAGUUUGAAGCAGAAGUGUGAAAUCCAAGACAAGCAAAUUCAAAAAUUACAGGAAAAUGCCCAAGAAGCUGCUUGGUUGGCCUCAAAGGAAUCUUCCAAGUGUACAGUUGCAAAGGAAGUUUUUGAGUCCAUAACUACUCAGUUGAAGGAAAUGACAGAGAAGUUGCCUCCUGAGAUUUUGAAUAGUGAAACCUUUAAAACCAUGAAUGCUCAAGUUGAUGCUUUUCUAAAUACAAAUGGAGCUCAAGCAUCUGAAUCUCAUUCUUCCUUGCCAGCACACUUGGUGGCUGAUCUACAAGAUCGGCCUGAUAAAACUUCCUCAGUUGUUGAGUCUACUAGGAGGCGGUAUUCUUGGAUGGAUGAUCACGCUGAUGCUGCAGGAGUUAGAGCCCUGUCACAGAAUGGUCAGAGUAUUCCGCAGCAUAGCAGUAGGUUAUCUGAUGUUAGAGAAGAUCUAACUCAACAAAGCACAGAAAGUGGCUCAAGAUCACCUAAAUCUACAAAGAAUGAGGGACAAAGAGAAGUUAUCGAACAAUUUGAACCCGGUGUCUAUGUAACUCUCCUUCAACUUCAAAAUGGUACCAAGAUUUUCAAGAGAGUAAGAUUCAGCAAACGAAGGUUUGCUGAGCAGCAGGCAGAAGAAUGGUGGAUGGAAAACAAAGACAGACUGCUUAAAAGGUACAGCCCAUUAGUGACAAACAGCACUGCAACUGGAUCAUCCGUAUCUCCAACGCCUGCUGAAGAAAAUAAUGAAGGAGCACCGUCUUCUUAGAGUUGAUUUUGUAGUUUAGUUUCUGUCAAUCAAAUACAGAGAGUAGGUAGAAGAAAUGAUCAACCACUGAUCACGAAUCUUGUAGCUGACAUAUUCAUCUUUUGAAGCAUAUCAUUGAAUUGACUUCUUUCAGGUAGGAUGACACAGCAGGAUUUUUCUUUAAAACAAGAAUGAAAAGAUCUCCAUAUUCAAAUUGGAUAGAAAGGUAUUACGAGAUAAAGUUUACAUGAUCUAGAAGCAGACAGGAUCACCUGUAGAGUUUUCAUUCAGUUGAUUCUUUAUUCUUUUAUGCCGUAUUAUUUUCAGCUUCUGGAAAUUACCCUUGUAGUUGUACAGGAUGUGAACUUUUUAGAGCAAAAUACAUUGUCAUUUGUAAAGCCAGCCAUUUUGACAUGUUUGAGUCCUCUGUGUAACGUAAUGAAGUGCAUUUCCCUCAA